AUCAGAACUGCUGCUGCUGCUGGGGUCCUCUAACUCUCCUCCUCCCAUCUCCCACAUUUGAUGGGGGGUGCAGCGGUGAAGUCACAGUGAUGUCAUUUUAGGAUGUGAGAGUCGGGGGGCAAGGUGAGCUGGUUUUGCGGUGAGUGGUGUGUCCCCUCCACGGCCAGCGUUGCCUGUACAGAGGGCGCGGGAGCGGCGAAAGAUGAUCAUCGCCACCGGCACCAAUUCAAGCUCCGACGCGCUCUGUCCCUCUCCUCCUGCUCAGAUCUCGGGCUAUGGGGCCUUGAUCUGCCUUGAUCCCAAAAUAAGCCUUUACCACCAUCACCAUGCCAAAGGACAGAAAAUAAGAAGAGUUGCAUUUUUAGGGCAGGUAACUUUGACCACGUGCCCCAAAGGUAAACUGGAUGGCCAUUGCGCAAAGGUGCCUCUACAGUAUGUCCAGCGGGGCCAGGACGCACUGGACGCUGCCAGCAGUUAUUUUACUGUGGACUUCUCUCUGGGGGAUCGUUUCAUCUUAUCCGAUUCCGAGCAGGACUAAUGCGACUUUACUGGAAAAGAAGUGGGAGACCCUAUUCUCUCGCUCAUAUCUGGGUAUAACUGGGGGGAAAUCGGAGCUGAACUGGGAGAGUGACUAUUUGCAGGGCAUCAAAAGAGUGCGGCGACUGUACUGCAACGUGGGCAUUGGGUUUCACCUGCAGGUGCUCCCGGAUGGCAGGAUAAACGGUGCACACAAUGAGAACCAAUACAGUCUGAUAGAGAUCUCCACCGUGGACCGAGGAGUGAUCAGCUUGUUCGGAGUGAGGAGUGAGCUGUUUGUCGCAAUGAACAGCAGAGGAAGGUUAUACGGAACGAGAGUCUUUGGGGAUGAGUGCAAGUUCAAGGAGACUUUGCUGCCCAACAACUACAACGCCUAUGAGUCUUUUGUUUACAAGGGGUUCUACAUCGCCCUCAGCAAGCAUGGCCGCGUAAAGAGAGGCAACAAGGCCACCACCGCCAUGACUGUCACACAUUUCCUCCCGCGACUAUGA